ACACCCGGAGGAACCCGAGGAAAUACACAGCGACCCAGAGCCGCUAUCGGCCGCUGCUGCUGCUGCUGCGCGUGCUGCCGUGUCUCGUCUCGUCUCAGGAGGUUAUUUGGGAAGUUCACACCCGGCUGUCGCUCAUGGAGACCAGGCAACAAGAGUUGUACUCUGGUGUUCUGAGUGACGCAGUGGUGGACUGGGGCAGCAUGGGUCCUGGUGAGGAAUGGGUUAACUCGACCAAACACGAGGGAGAGGAGGGUUUGAAUCCCGGUGUGUUUUACCCCUCUGGCGAGGAAUCGGUUAAAAGACUCUCUCAUGGUGACGACCUGGCUCCAGUGGCUCCAAAUGGGGAUCACCUGACAGAGUGGAGUAAAAGUUCACCAUCAGGGGACGAUCAGUGGGGUCAGACAUCAAUGUCCCUCUCUGACAACUGGGCCAUGUCCACCACUUGGGAUAUGCAACUGGACAGCACAGGUUUUCUGGACUCUGAGCCACUGAGAGAGGCCGAUGAAGAUAUGGCGUCAGAAGUCCAAUUAAACUUGACGGAGGAGGAGAGAGAGGAGAUCCAACAAGAGUUGGAUAAACUGGAGGAGGAGAUCAGUACGUUGAGGCAGGUGUUGACGUCCAAAGAGAAGCAGCACGCAGAGCUCAAACAGAAACUGGGCAUGACUUCGCUGAACGAGCUCAGAAACAACUUGAGCAGAGGCUGGCACGACAUGCAGACGUCCACGGCAUGCUGGUUACAAGACACGCAAUACAAAGACUAUAAGAAGACGUCAGAGACGCUGUCCACGGCGGGGCAGAAAACCUCAGCAGCCUUCAGCACGCUGGGCAGCGCCAUCACCAGGAGGUUCGGGGACAUGAGCUACUCUAUCAGACACUCUAUGAGCAUGCCCACCAUGAGAAAUUCUCCCAGCUUCAAGUCUUUUGAGGAAAAAGUGGAGACUACGGUGUCCACCAUCAAGACGAAGGUCGGCGGUGCAGAAGCAGGAGGCAGCUUUGAGGAGGUCCUCUCCUCCGCAGCACACGCCAGCUCUCAGGACACGCCCACCAACAACUUGACGGACGGCUCCGAGAGGCCGUGUUAGAGCUGCGUCCACACCGAGGGAGAGGCGGGACUUGAACCAGGAAUGUCACAUAAUGUACUGAAUGCUCUGACUGAAAUGUUACACAACACCUUUUUGUUUUAUCGUGUUGACGCGUUAUCUCAGCUCCUGUCUCUCAACACGUUGACGGGAUUUCCUGCAACCCUAAGUGCUUAGAUUGAUAUUAAAACGUACGCAAUUUCAUGUUUGGACCAAAAAUGUUACCUAAAUAUUCAGCGACGGUCAGAAGCACACAUUAAUAAACAUAAUGAGCCUCUCUGGUUAUUCCACAUGUAACUAAACUGAAUCUGUUGAUCACUUUGAGUUUCCCCGAGAGCAGAUUCCAGGUCAGCUUCAGAAGGCAGGCGGAAGUUAAACCCUGUAAAGGAGUCACCCUCUCCUCACCUGUGGGAUAAAAAAAGAAAAUAUUAAAAAGUCAAAUUUAAAGCUCAAAAUCAAAUGAUUGAGUCCUUCAUUUUCUGACUAACAGCCAUGUCGGUGCAGAUUCAAAACAUAACUUCAUACCAAAAACUACAUUUGUAGGUUCUGAUUAGAAAUCACAUUUUCAACUACUUUGUACGAACUCAUUAAAAACAAUAUACAUAUAACCCAGAAGUGAUAGGUGUAUUUAUAAACUUGUAUAAAUGGUUUUACACUAAGAUGAGAUCUUAAGAUUUUGUUGCGGCACCUGGAAAAAAAUACUUCUACUUUUUUACAUCACAGCUGACUCGUGUUCACUUUGGACAAUUAAUUGAGUCUAAUGCUGGAAAUCAAAAACGAUUAACACCGUGUUCUCCAAACAUCUGCAGGAUAUUUAUGUGUUUAACCUCGUCUUGAACGGCUGUAGCUCAGAUUAGAGCUGAAUUCACACGCAGGUAUAAAACACAAAAUUUUAUAAGGAGUUUGUUUCUGAUGCCUUUUGGCUAUUUAACUAAUACAUACAGUAAAAUAUGAAUAUGACAUCGGACUGCUGCUUGAUGUUGCUUCAGCAGCACCGAGCAGAUUCGUAACGUCUGGUGAAGAAAUAAUCAACACCGACGUCACUUUUUACUGCUUAUGUUAUGAAAAGGUCGGUGCCACGAGACAAAAAAACUCUUUCUAUAUAAAAACAUCCAGUUUUUUUUAACAAAUCAUUAUAUUUUUUGUUUUUGCUCAUCUUUCAUGUGUUCUAAGAUUUUAUUUUCUUUGCUGUGGUUUAAGAAGAUGGUGUUUUAAUAAAAAUGAUGUUCAAGCAUUCAAGCACUAAAAGAUAUCGUGCAGUAAGCAAAGGUGGUCUUCUACCAGAUUACUGAGGUCCUGCAUGUUGUGUCACAUAUAUAUAUAUAUAUAUAUAUAAAAAUAAAUAA